UUGGCACAUUAUAGUGUUUCUUUUUUGAUAAGUUGUUAAAUGAAAGACUUGAAUAUUGAUAUUGAUUUUUAUUAUUUAUUAGCAAGUUAGUAUCAACCGAAACAGUUUCUUUAGGUUAAACCUAAAGAAAGAAAAAUUAAUCGACUAGUGUUUUGUAUAAUCAUAUAUAUUUUUUUAAUUAAACGAAUCUUAUGCUCGCAUAGUAAUGUGUUUUUAAGUAUUAAAAGGUUAUAUAUAAAUCUAAGUGAACAUGGCAUCUACAUCACUAGCGGAACAGCUACAAAAGCUUUCUGUUCCACAAUCAUUUAUUUACAAAGACGAUAACAAGAAAUCGUCAUUACUUUUUGACCCAAAGGAGGCGGCUUUAAAAGACCGAAACACUUUUUAUGAAAUCGGAUUAAGUGGACUUAAAGAAUUGAUUGCUUUGUACGAAGGUUUUCGUGUAUUCGAAGACUCCUUGUUUAGUAUAUCUUCUAUAGAUUUCGAGAGGGCAGUACAGAGUAAAGAAGUUAAUCAGAAUUUAAAUGAAACUAUUGAAAAAUUCCUCAUACAAUUAUCACCAUACUUGCUCCUUCAAUCGUCUCACAAAGCCUUGGAAUGGCUUGUUAAUAGAUAUCACAUUCAUGAAUAUAAUCAAGAUGCAAUUAUGAUGUUAAUCCUACCGUAUCAUGAAACAAAAAUAUUCAUACGAUUUAUACAACUAUUUAAAUUGCAAUCUACGUCAAAUAGAUGGAAUUGGUUAGAGUCAAUACAAAAACGUAGCGUUCCAUUGACAAGACAAAUUUUAUACAAUCAGUGUGCAUCCAAUACAGCCACAUUACAAUUCAUAACUAAAAGUGUCUCGAAAUAUGUGACAGAAUUUGGAGAAAGAGCGAAUCAAUUGAACACAGUAUAUGCAUUUUUCUGCUCAACUGCCAUUGGCAUUAUAAACACUAGUAAACAGGUUACUGAAUCGAUAAUAAAUGCUUUAUUACCGACAUUGAUAAUGGGUCUAGAAUCUUCUGUUAAGGACUUCAGAUCUGCCGCUUAUGUUAUUAUGGGAUAUCUAUCCACCAAGGCUACAUUUAAAAAGAACACCAUAAAUGAAGUUAUUUUUAGAUUAAUGACCUCCGAAUUUGACGUGUCAUAUGACGUUGUGUUACUUAUCAAUUUAAUUUAUACAAAUCAAAAACAUUUAACUAAGAUACCAGAAGAUGUAUUGUGUAAUAUAUCUAUUGAUGUUAUGAAUGACAUGUGCAAGCAUUUAAUGAAGCUGGUUGAACUUAAAAUUAAUAUUCAGACCUUCAGCUUGGUAUUUCUGCACAGUAUAUUACCUCUACUACAAAAUAAUAUUGAAGACUUCCGAAGGUUUAGCCAACUGCCUGAAAUAUUUAUUGAUGUCGUAGACUUUAAGGAUCAGCAGCCUGAGAAGAUUGUUAUAUGUGCACUGACUGCGUUGAAAUCAUCAAAUAACGGUAACAAUGAUGAUGAAAGUGACAUUGAAAUUAUUGAUGAAGAUAAUGAAAUUUCGAGUAAGAUAUUGUCUUGGUAUUCACAGUUCUUAAAAAAUAUAGAAACCAGAUACCCAGAAACAUUUGACAAAGUCAUCAAGAAAUUAAUGGGAUCUAAAAGCAAAUUGCCUUUAAAACAAAAAUCCCAGCUAUCCAAAGUGUUGGGGUUCAAGCCAGCUGUCGCACGUAAGGUUGGCGGUGCAUAUUUAUUUGAAAACUUGAAUCACAUCAAUCCAGAAAUGAGAGUUGAGGCAGUCAAUUAUAUUGCAAAAGAGUUUCAGUCUUUGAAAAUAGAAAACAAAGAGUUUGUUAAAGAUUCAAUCAUGAGCAGAUUAAAAGAUGACAGUAUGGAUGUGGUUUUAGCAGCUUUAGAAAUUCCGAAUGAGGAUUUCAGAGAUGUGCUCGAUGAACUCGACUUAACAAAUGUUUUUGUUUAUAUUGCUUCUAAAAGUUCUAAGAAAUGGUCCCAUGUAAUAAGAAAAAUGAUAAGCAAAUUUUGUUCAAUGGAUACAUUGCCAGUCAACCAUGAAAUUGUACUAUCCAUUAUGUCAUAUAUGUUUCCUAAAGAUACAGAAACAGCUGAGCUCACAUAUAAAAUACUGUCUUCUCCGUGGGGUAGAAAGUUUGGACUGAAAAAUAAACUUUCCGCUUUUAAAAAUUCUUGUAAAGAUAAUCCUGAAGUGAUUAAUCAAUGUGUCUUUAAGGCGUUAUUUAUUGAUAAGUGUAUUAAUUUUGAUAAUAUUCUUGACUUCAAUCUUUUGAACAAAGAAAGCACUAUUGAUCUUUGCUUUUUCAUACUACUAAAGUCAUGUUCAUUGAAUAACGCGCCAGUUUCAGAAACAACAGCAAUAUUAAAUCUUUUGUUAGAAGCUGUACAGAGUAGAGUAAUAGUUUCAAGCUCAGAGAGUUCAGUCUUUUCUGCGGAUGUAAUGGUGGAAUUCAUAAAACUCUCUAAGAAAGAUCAAAUUUUGUUUGAAGUGAUGGAAUAUAUCUUCUACAGUAUCACAGAGCAGCUAAAGCCUGAUGUUAUAACUACACCAUGGUGUAAUUUACUUAUUACACCCGAAACAAUACUCAUAAGACGAUUGUAUGAAAUCUUUAUAACAGGAUGUGGAAUACCAACAUAUGGAGAUAAUUAUGCCAAAUUGACACAAAAGCUUUUAGAAAAACUGUUCAAAAAUCCGAAGGAAAAAUUUGAAUUCGUUGCAAAUUUCGCUUGUGGACACAUAUUGUACGCUACUGAUCCGAAAGAUGUAAUCGCUCCAGAACUCCAGCUUCGUAGUCUCAAGUUAAUGACAAACUUUCUAUCAAUCCAAAGCGAUACCGACUGGAUUUACGACUCCGACGUUCUCAUAUUAACAAUUCUGUUCGAUUUAAAUAAUUCGAUUGCGCCAAUACGUCAAUGUGUUAUUAAUAUAAUGAAAAAUAUUUUUAGAGACGCACCAAACAAAAAAAAUAUAUACGUGCAGUUAUUAAAAGAAUUAAUCGAUCACGAAUAUGAGUUGAUACUCGAUCACGCACAGAUACCCCAAGUAUUAAAGACCAUAUUGACCCAAAAAUCCAUGCAAACGAAAAUAUUUAGAAGAAAUUGCUUAUUAAAACUGACAUCAAUCCUGACUGGAGAUACACCAGCACACAUUAAAUCAGCACUUGUGAGAAUUCUCUCUAGUAUCAAUAAUGAAUCUACUUUUUGUCACGUAAUUUCAGCCCUUGAUAGCAUACAGAAGCGUCUAAAACAAAAUGAAUUUAAUAAAAAAUUUACUUUCGAUAUUUAUGAAUCGAAUUUGAUAAGAACCGUGUAUUCACAAAUAAACGAAUCGACAGUUACUACGUUUAAUAAAGAACAAGUUUGGAAUUUUAUUGAAAUGGGAUUGAAAGAGUACAAAGAAUGUGUUUUAAAUGAAGACCUAUCGUUUGUAUGUCCAAGUGUUUUAAUAAUGAGACAAAUCAAUGAGGACGUUUUUAAAAAAGUACCCGAUGAAAAAUGCAAAGAUUUUGUCUAUUUGAUAACUUCAGCUGGAACGUUCAGCAAUAAUCCUAGUAUUUCGAGUGUAGCUUCAAAAGUUAUGAAGAAGAUACACAUAGAUUUGAAAGAUUUUAAGCCUAUACUCGAUAAGAUGCUUAAAGCAGUAGACCCUGGAGCUAAUGUGCCCAAAAAGAAAAAGACCACGGUAUCAAUGCUUACGCAUCAAUUAGCCGAAACCGAUGAAUGGAGACUAGGAGUUACGAUUCUAGAAUAUGUUCAAAGUAAAAAGAAAAUGACUGUAGAUAGUUCAUUUGUCACCAUUUUAUUUCAGAUACUUAACAAGUGCUUGAGAUUCGAAGAGCAAUCUCAUGUCGAAUACACAAAACAACUUAUUUUAUCGUCACUAUGGUAUUUCUGCAAGAAGUUUGUAAAUGAUUCAGAUAAGGAACAAAUUAAAUCAAUCAAGAAUAUAUUUGACGUCGAGACCGUUGUGCAAUGCAUAAGAGGAACCCAAAAUCCACAGACGCAACAUCAUGCUUUGAUACUACUGUCUCAUGCUGCGUAUUUGUUGCCUGAACAAGUACUUCAUCACACUAUGGAAAUAUUUACAUUUAUGGGAUCAUCAGUAUUGAGACACGACGAUGCUUAUAGUUUCCAAAUAAUAACAAAAAUAAUAGAAACCCUCGUACCAAUAUUAGUGAAAUUAGAUAAAAAUAUUGAAGAUUACACCGAAAAAGAAUUACAACAGCUACAAAAACGAGUCGUUCCUGUGUUACGUAUUUUUGCAGAUGUGGUUCUCCAUGUGCCCGAACACAGAAGAUUACCGCUUUAUAAGAAACUUAUAGAAACACUAGGGCCUAGUCAGUUUCUUUGGAUAUUCCUUGCUUUAUUACUCGAAACCCACAUCGCGCAUUUUAGUGAUGACAAGAAAAAAGAUAAAACAACGCCCAAAAGCUUAGCUGAACAAGAAUCUCCAAUCAACAGAAUGGACUUUGGACAAAGUAUUUUGUUAGAAUUUCCGCCUGAAGUUUGUUUGGAAAACUUUACUAAGCUAAUCAUUUACAUGAGAUCUUUGCCAUUGCAAAAAGAUGAAAACGCGAUGGACACGGAUGUGGACCCCAGUGAUAUUUUCAGCGUCAAUGGACACACGCCUUUCCAAUUACGACAUUAUAAAUAUGUAAUUGUGACUUUCAUGAAUACCUGCUUAUCUUCAUCGAGAUUUAUACAGCAUAAUAGUCAAGCUGUUGACAUAAAAACAAUGGAACAUCAUUACAAAAUGUUGAUUAUUAAAAUAUUAACGUUUAUUCAAAGCAUACCAAAAGUUGGCGACGAGAAAACGGGAAAAUAUUGGCGUGUAAUGUUACACUACAGUUAUGAUUUGUUAGAUCACACUAAUAAUUUGUUAUCUGCACCUAUGUUCUUAUCAGUCGUUCGGGGUCUAUUACCACACAGCUUACAAACCGUUCGAAAAAAAGCAAUGGAAUUGCUCAAUUCAAAAAUCCAAACGAGUCCUGAAAUGUUCGCUGAUGUCGAUAAGAAAUUACUUUUCUCAUUGCUUCCAGAACUCUUGAGUAUUGUAAAAACUCUUGAAAAUCAAAAUGAUAACCUAAGUGAUAAUGACGCUCAGGAAUUAGAACUGAAUCAACAAACAGCUCUAUUAUCUUUAAAGCUAUUGGCUCGAAUGUUAGCUUCAGAAAAUCCACAACCAUUCAAGCCAGUUUUAGAAACGGUAACCGAUUAUACUUGCAAUUCAAAUAUAUCUGGAAAUGUCAUGGCAUCUAUUGUCCUUUGCUUGGCUGAACUAUGUGGAAAUUUGAAGGCACACGCAUUAGGAAGUUUGAGAAAAUUUAUGCCGGCUCUAAUUAAAGUUCUCAAAAAACAACGUAAAUCUGAUACACCUGAGCUAGUUCUGUUGAGUACAGUCACGGCUAUUUCGAAGAUCGUCGAAAGUCUUCCGUUGUUUUUGAGUCCGUAUUUGCAGAAAAUUCUAUAUGAAUAUGCAAUUUUGUUUGCGAAGUGGCAAGAAUACGAGAAGAAUAGUAAACAUUCACCGAUAACGUCUAAAUUGAUAAAUAUAAAAAAGAAAAUCGCCAGCUCGAUUCCACCGAGAGUACUAAUACCGGUAGCGAAUGAGACUCAUAAAUUAAUAUUGGAAAAGGAAAACUUCAAUGCUGUUGGUCCAGUAAUGUCUGUUCUAGCUGAUAGUUUCGGGAACAUGACUACUGCAGACUUUGGCACACUGCAGCAAGAUUUAACAUCAUUCUUCUUAUCAGCUCUACAAUUACGAGGCGAAGCGUCAGAUAAAAACAUCGAUGUUAAUAUUAUUGACACUGCAGAGGAUGAAGUUGUAAAUGCCUUAGUUAGUCUCGUUCUUAAAUUGUCUGAAACGAGCUUCAGGCCGUUCUAUUUCAAGAUCUAUGACUGGGCAAUAAGAACUAAUAUUGAGGGACGUAAAGAUAGAAGUAUUACAUUUUAUAGAUUAAGCAGUGCAAUCGCAGAUAAAUUAAAAGGACUCUUUGUAUUAUUCGCUGGUCACUUUGUGAAAAAUGCGGCGGACCUUCUAGAUGCUUGUAAUAAUAGCAAAACUGAAGAGCUAUUUUUUGAUACAGAGGAGAAGUGUAUUUCUUUGAUCAAAUAUGUCAUUAAAACUCUGCACAUAGUGUUCUUAUACGACAGCCAGAGCUUCUUAAAUAAAGACAGAUUUGAAACACUAAUGCAGCCAAUAGUAGAUCAAUUGGAGAAUACUGUAGGUGGAAUAGCUGAUCUUAAGUCGAGGGCAACAGAGUUUAUAAUCCCUUGUAUAUCGCAGUUCGCUGUGGCUACCGCUGACGAUUCGCUUUGGAAGCUACUUAAUUAUCAAGUUUUAUUGAAGACGAGACAUAACGAUGCGGAAAUAAGACUCGCAGGCUUGGAAUGUCUCGUGGCAAUGGCAUCUCAAUUGGGAAGCAACUGGCUUCCUCUUUUAGCGGAAAGUGUACCGUUCCUCGCAGAGUUGCUUGAAGAUGGUGAUCAGAGAAUAGAAGUUGCCACUAAGAACGCAGUUCGCACAUUAGAACAGAUUCUCGGUGAACCGCUUGAAAAAUAUUUUUAAAAUUUAAAAUUUUCGUCAUUUAAUAUAGUAAUAAUCACUUUUUUAAAAAUAAAUAUAAAAUCGUUA